UGUCUGUGGCCUAAUGGCCUUAUAAAAUUUGAGGAUAUUUUUCUCCAUUUAACUAAUACAAACAGAAGGCAAUAAUUAGUAGAGCUGUGUAAAAUUUCACCUGACUAUCUACAUUGGCCACCAUGUACAGCAUAUCGUCUUAUCUCCUCAAAUUGCCAAAGGAUUUGGGUACUUUGCGUCGAAUCACCUUGAUCACCGAGGCAUCCAAACCUUUACUUGCUUCGAAUUCGCAUAAUUUGGUUCGUAAAUAUCACGACUACAAGAAAAAUGAUAAUAAAGAAAGUGUGCGUCAAAGGUCACAUAGAUAUUUAUGUUAUUCCUUGUUGUUUGGUGCUGCUGCAUACACAUCUUAUAAACUGUGGAUACGGUUUCAAGUGUUUCCCUCAAUUACUGCCGCAGAGGAGCUAGUUGAAUCCGAAGAUGCAGACACCAAAAAGAAAAGGUAUCGGAAGGAAAAAAUUGGAUUCAGAGAUAGGAAGAUUAUUGAAUAUGAGAACCGAAUGAGGUCAUACUCUACACCUGAUAAAAUUUUCCGAUACUUCGCCACUGUCAAAUUAACAGUUGGCGACAGCACGGAGGUUUACAUGACUCCUGAUGACUUUUUACGAGCUAUCACGCCUGGCAUGAAACAACCUGAUGGGUUGGGACUUGAUCAAUAUCGGAGAUACGACCCUAAGAGCAUCAGUCAACGCUUGAACUUGGAUCUCGACGAGGAUUCCAUCUUCUACAAGCUGGGCUCGUCGGGUCUCAUCACCUUCAGUGACUACAUAUUUUUGCUGACUGUACUAUCAACAUCCCGCCGCCACUUCGAGAUCGCGUUUCGCAUGUUCGACCUGAACGGGGACGGUGACGUGGAUUGCGAGGAGUUUGAGAAAGUUGCUGCUUUGAUCCGACAGCAGAGCAGCAUUGGAUCUAGACACAGGGAUCACGCCAACACUGGCAACACUUUCAAGGGUAUUAACUCUGCGCUAACUACAUACUUCUUCGGACCGAAGCUAAACGAGAAGCUGACCAUAGAGAAGUUCCUCGACUUCCAACAUCAGUUGCAGAAAGAGAUCUUAUCCCUCGAGUUCCAGAGAAAACAGCCAGAUGAAAAUGGACGUAUCACCGAGGCGGAUUUCGCCGAGUUACUUCUGGCAUACGCCGGUUACCCCGCUAAGAAGAAGGCCAGAAUGCUCAAACGCGUUAAAAAAGCUUUCCGCGACCACGGCGUGGGCAUCACCAAAGAAGACUACCUGUCGUUCUUUCACCUUCUCAACAACAUCAACGACGUCGACACGGCACUGACGUUUUACCAUAUCGCGGGCGCGUCCAUAGACCAGCCCACUCUGAGACACGUCGCGAGGACUGUCGCCCAUGUGGACUUGGAUGCACAUGUUAUAAACGUGGUCUUCACUAUUUUUGAUGAAAACAUGGACGGUCAGCUCUCCAACCGCGAGUUCGUGGCGGUGAUGAAGAACCGCCUCCUCCGAGGCCUGGAGAAGCCCAAGGACACAGGUUUCGUCAAACUGAUGCACUCUCUCAUCAAGUGCGCUAGGGACACUAAACCCGCCAUAUUGGAUUUUUAAGGUUGUUGAUUUGACUUUUUCUAGGCUUAGACGAAACUCGGCCUCUCACUACGGCCAUACUUUUUAGGGUUCCGUACUCCAAAGGUAAAAUUGGGACCCUAUUACUAAGACUCCACUGUCCGUCUGUCUGUCACCAGGCUGUAACUCGAGAACCAUGAUAAUAGACAGUUGAAAUUUUCACAGAUCUCCGCUUUAACAACAAAUACUAAAAACAAAACAAAAUAAAUAUUUAAGUUGAGCUCCCAUACAACAAACGUGAUUUUUUUCUCGUUUUUUGCGUAAUGCCACAGAACCCUUCGUGCGCGAGUCCGUCUUCCACUUCGCCGGUUUUAUUAUUGAUCUUAAACGACAGCUUAAGCAAGAGAAGAUUUUUUUUAUCGGACUGACUCGUUAUUUUCUCGGCCUCGACAAUCCUCGGCCGCCUAAACUCCUCUUUAGACGAUCCUUUACUUUGCCGGCCUGGGGUGAAUAUUAAUAACAAUUAUAUUAUUUAAUACCGUAAUUAAUAAUGACGUAAAACAAAUGAAGGUUGGCCGGUAAAAACUAAUUAUAAGGUAUUACAUCUAUCCUUUCAGACAGUUUCUGCUAUCUUGCUGGUAAGAGCGACAGGGAAAUAACAUAUAGCUUUCUCUGUCUCUUUGAGCACAAAGUUUCUGGCGACAGGAUAUAUUAUUGAAAAUUUUAUUGAUUCUCUUCUCUCCCCAUUUUUUUACAUUAGUCGCCAGAAUUUUGAUUGAAUCUUACCUACGUAUUUAAAUAAAUAAGUUAGAAUUAAAAGCAUCUCCUGAGGAUUUGAAAAACCUAACACACUUCGUCAAAAAUAAUUUUAAAAGAGCUACGCUGACGCUAUAUAAGUUUUAUUUGUAAAAGAAACCACGAUCUGCAAAUAAUCUUAUCAAGUAAUAAUUAAUAAGAAAACUCAUUGUUCAUUGGCUACUUACUAUUCGCUCCUUAAAACGAUAAUAUAAAGCAAAUAAGAUGUAGCCAACUAAAUUUCGGCUGUAUUUAUCAAAAGGUACCGUUAACCGGGGUGAAUAGAGAUGGCUGGUAAAUCACAUUUUGAUUUUAUAAGUUUUGUCCCUAUUCACCCCAGCCAUCCUUACUCACUCGGUGCUUUUUCAUAUGUAAAGUUACACUUAGUUCAUGAAAGUUAUUUUCUAUUAUUAUUUUUUAAGUUUUUUCGAGAUCUCUUCCAAUUCUAUUCACUAUGGCCAUCACAAUAACAUAAAUGUAUUUAGUGUAAGAAUAAGUUACAUUACAAAGAACAAUACCAUAGAUGGCAUAGAUAACACAGAAAAACUGUAACUUUUUUACUCAUGAUAUAAGGUAGAAGUACUAGUGCUCGACGCUGCACUAGUAUUCGACAUGGCACUUUAUGUCAAAGUGACAAGGAUUAAAUUUGAAUACAGAUAAAUCUUCGCCGUUCAAAUUGAACUUAUAUUACUUUGACAUAAAGUGCCCAUGUCGAAUACUAGUGCAGCGUCGUGCUCGAGCACUAGUACUUCUACCUUAAUAAAAUGCGUAGAAUUCUUUAAAAAAUAAUUGAGAUUUUUUUUUUAUAUUUAAACGGUUUUGCAUUUGACGUAAGAAUUAACCUUUUGACUGCCACGGCCAUUUUAUUUAUCACCCAAUAUUAAUUUCAUUUCUAACUAUACCAUUUGUCGUUUAUUAUCGACACUGGCGGCCAAUGGGUUAAUACGUCUUACUAUUUUUGGCUGCUCAAAUAGAAAAUGUAAAUUAUUGUAACAUGUAAAGUGACAUUCUAUAGAACUUGCUAGCUAUGUAAACAAACCGCCGUAUUGAAACCGUCACUGAAUGAUGAUUUCAGUAUGACGGUUUGUUUACAUAGAUAGCAAGAUCCAUAGAAUGACAUUUUAUAGGGUAAAUUGCGAAAUGAUUGGCCCUUUAAAGUAUUGGCUUCUGUUGUUUAAGGAAAUCCAUCACGGCUGCCUUUAAAUAAUGUUGAAGGGGCCAGUCAUUGGUAUAGCCACUCACAUGCUUUUGGUAACUGUAGCUACCAGCUGUCACCCUUAUUUUAUUAUAAUAACGGGUUGGCUUAAAGUAAUGAGAAUUUUCGUUUGCGGAAAUAUUAAAAAAAAGACAAUAGCUAUGGGUUUUCGAAAUUUUACAAUGACAAACAAGAGCAUAUUUUAAAUUACAAGAAAACAUUAUAUAUACAAUAAACGUCUCCCACAUCCGAUUUCUCAUAACGGUAUUCAAACCCUCUGCGUCAUGCUUUGGACAACGUUUUAUUAACAUUACAUAACCGUUUUAUUGCCGUUAAUUUUAAUUAUUUCGGCAUAUUAGCUUGUUAUCUAUAUCAUGCCAUCAUUCACAAUUGCUAACUGACUAAAAAUUUUCAUGAAAUCUGCAAUUGAUUGAUAUUUUGAGAAAAUUGUUUAUGUAUCAUAUUUUGGUAAAAUGUAUGCAAUGACGUUUUUAACUGGUUUUAGGCUCUCGCGGAAAAACGACUAAACGUUUCCAACCCUAGAAUAUCCCCAAGACUUAAAUCAAUCGAAGAAUUUUGGCAAAUAUUAUAUACUCUGAUAUGUAUAUUGCGAUAGUAGGCAAAAUAUUAUAGAAUAAAAUAAAUUUUACCGUGUAAUUACAAAACGAUCAGUCAGAGAGUACUUGGUAGUUUGUCCAAAGUGAAAAGCAAACGGUCAGAAGCAUGUUAAGUAAACUAACACAAGGGAGGCCAAUUACUUCAUUAUUGAAUUUGGUUCUAAUGUUGGAUAUUGCAUAGUUCUUCAAUAUAACAUCCAGAAAUCCAUGGCCAUUGUCUUUUUGUUUUUAUGUCCGAAAACAAAAAUUCUCAUUACUUUAAGCCAACCCGUUAAUAGAGGUCACUGAAAAAUAUCAAGCAUGUGAGUGGUCUGACCAUUGCUUGUAUCGCGGACAAAUGAAUUAUAAAGCUGCAUCCACACCGCAGUUAAUCCCGUAUAAGGCAUAAGGGUGUCAGAAAUUAUGCAAAAUUUAACCCUAUCACUUUGAAAUAAAGUUCAAAAUGAGGUGGGGAAAUCUGCCGCUGGACACCUGUAUCCCUCGGUGUGUCUAUGUAACUCGUUUGUCUAUGCUUUUGUAAACUAUAAUAAGAAUAAUGUGGAAUUUGAAAUGAAAUAACUUUGUUUUUAAUAUUGUAUAGUUAUAUUUAUGACGAUUUUAUUAUGUUAUUAUUGAUAGAUAUGUUUAUAACACUUUAUCUCAGUUAAUUUUAAGAGAUUUUUUUAUGUAUAACAUGCUCUCUGGUCAAUGUAAAUAUAUAAAUCACUGCCUUUUAUUACAGUGAAUAUAAUAAAA